GGAUGUGCUAGCCCCUAAGAGCGGCUUCGAGGCCUGCUUGGGCAGCUGUCAUUAAGACGACUCCUUGCCCGCCCCCCCCACCCCGAGCUACCUGCGGCUUCCAAGGGACACAAGGAUACCCCCAGAGGGCCGUGAACCCCCUGUGGGCCGGAACUUAGAGGCUCUGCGAACACUCCAAGGGCUGCCUUACCAACCCCACCCUGGGAUGUCGUGGUCCCUCAGAAGUCCCACCUUCCUAAAAGUGACACCCCCAACAUUUACGUACCCCUUUGUGAUGCCAGGACCCACAGAAAGCGAGAACACCCUAAGGGCUGCUGUGAUUCCACGGACUGUGUUCCGCCAAAGAGCGCUCUGACUCCCCAAGAGGCACUGUGGCCACGACAGACGCCUCUGGACCCCCACGGGGCUCGGUGACACUGGCUCUCCCACCCUCUCUGAGGAUAAGCAGAGGGCGCUGUAACUCCUCCCCCAACGAGGAUGGUGGCCUCUGGUUCCCGUCUGACCCGCUUGUCACCUCUGCCUGCUGGGAGUCCGUGUCCCUGUCCCUGCUGCGACUCUACCUCUUUUUUGGCCUGUUGUGUCCCUGUCCCUUGUCUCCAUCUGGCUGUCUCUCUCAGCCUCUCACGUCCCUCCCCGAGGACCCCCUGCACCUUUCGCCCGCUCCGGAUCGGACGACGUGCCCAAGCGGACGCGCGUCCCUAAGUCUACGCGUGAUCCGGAGCGACAGCGGCUCCCGCGGGCAGCCCUGCAGACUCCCCAGAUGCCUCCCGCCUCGCCGGCUGCUAAGCGGGUCAGCCCCCCCGCCCCCGUCCACUCUCUCGCGCCCGCGGGCGGGGGGCAGCGCGCGUACUCGCAUUCCUCGCACUGGGACCCACGCACAGCUGGCGCAUGCUCCUGCCGCCUUGCCGCGGGGCGUCAGCGCGCAUGCCCAGAGCCCGAUGCAGCGGAGACCAGCGGGCGCCCCGGGUGGGCAGCUGGCGGCGCGUCUCGGCUGGGGCGGGGCCGCGUGCGCGCGUGCGCAGAAAGGCGGGCGCUCGAUCUCUCGGCAAGCUGAGGAGAAAGCGGCGCGGCGGGCGGAGGCUCUUAUCCUGCUCCCUCUUCUGUGGCAGUGAUGUCCAUUCUCCUAGCGCAGCUGGCACCCAAGGCCAUCUCUCAACCCACCUCUGGCCGCCCCCAUCAUCUGCCCAAGGCCUCCCAGUUGCCGUGCCCUCCGUUGUGCGAUCGUCCUCCUACCCAUCUUUAUGCACUCCAGAUGAAUGUUCUCGAGGCGGGGGCAACGGAAUGAUCCGAUCAUCUCCCAGAAUUCACUGAAACAAACCCUUGUGAAACUUUGGAACGGUGGUGCUGUCCCAGACCAGAAGGGCACGGGAUGGCAAACAGGCUAGCAGGAACGCCUCAGAGAGGGGGCUGGCGGAUUUAGCUGCUGCCCUCUGCCCCCGCCCGGCAGCCCGGGCUCACCUGCACCAUGGACGCCCCGGGCUACAACUGCUUUGUGGACAGAGACAGGAUGGACGCCGCCAUCCAGGACCUGGGGCCCAAGGAGCUGAGCUGCACCGACGUGCAGGAGCUGAAGCAGCUGGCGCGCCAGGGCUACUGGGCCCACAGCUACGCCCUGCGGGGAAAGGUGUACCAGCGCCUGAUCCGGGACAUCCCCUGCCGCACGGUCACACCGGACGCCAGUGUGUACAGUGACAUUGUCGGCAAGAUCGUGGGCCAGCACAGCGGCAGCAGCCUGCCCCUGCCCGAGUUCGUGGACAACACGCAGGUGCCCAGCUACUGCCUGAACCCGCAGGGCGAGGGCGCCGUGCGUAAGAUCCUGCUGUGCAUCGCCAACCAGUUCCCCGACGUCUCCUUCUGUCCCGCACUGCCCGCGGUCGUGGCCCUGCUGCUCCACUACAGCAUGGACGAGGCCGAGUGCUUCGAGAAGGCCUGCCGCAUCCUGGCCUGCAACGACCCCAGCAGGAAGCUGAUUGACCAGAGCUUCCUGGCCUUCGAGUCGUCCUGCAUGACGUUUGGAGACCUGGUGAACAAGUACUGCCAGGCGGCCCACAAGCUGAUGGUGGCCGUGUCGGAGGACGUCCUGCAGGUCUACGCGGACUGGCAGCGCUGGCUGUUCGGAGAGCUGCCCCUCAGCUACUUCUCCCGCGUCUUCGACGUCUUCCUGGUGGAGGGUUACAAGGUGCUGUACCGCGUCGCGCUGGCCAUCCUCAAAUUCUUCCACAAGGUGAGAGCCGGGCAGCCCCUGGAGUCGGACAACGUGAAGCAAGACAUCCGCGCCUUCGUCAAGGACAUCGCCAAGACCGUGUCGCCCGAGAAGCUGCUGGAGAAAGCCUUCGCCAUCCGCCUCUUCUCUCGGAAGGAGAUCCAGCUCCUGCAGAUGGCCAACGAGAAGGCUCUGAAGCAGAGGGGCAUCACCGUCAAGCAGAAGAGGCAGUUCGUGCACCUGGCCGUCCACGCAGAGAACUUCCACUCGGAGGUUGUCGGUGUGAGGGAGAUGAGGGACAUCUGGUCGUGGGUCCCGGAGCGCUUCGCCCUCUGCCAGCCCCUCCUGCUCUUCUCUUCCCUGCAGCAUGGGUACAGCCUGACCAGGUUCUUUCUCCAUUGUGAAGGACACGAGCCCACGGUCCUGCUCAUCAAGACCACACAAAAGGAGGUGUGCGGGGCUUACCUGUCCACAGACUGGGCUGAGAGGAACAAGUUCGGAGGCAAGCUGGGCUUCUUCGGGACCGGAGAAUGCUUCGUGUUCAGGCUGCAGCCCGAGGUCCAGCGCUACGAGUGGGUGGUCAUCAAACACCCAGAGCUGACCAGACCCGUGUCCUCGGAGAACACCACCAGCCUGCCCUCGCUUUGCCACUCCGCAUCCCCAGAUGCCUCUGACCGACUCUCGCCCUUCCUGGCUGCUCGGCACUUCAACCUGCCCUCCAAGACCGAGUCCUUGUUCAUGGCCGGGGGCAAUGACUGCCUCAUCAUAGGUGGAGGGGGCGGCCAGGCGCUGUACAUCGAUGGGGACCUGAAUCGGGGCCGCACGGGCCACUGCGACACCUUCAACAACCAGCCACUUUGCUCGGAGAACUUCCUCAUCGCUGCUGUGGAGGCCUGGGGCUUCCAGGACCCCGACACUCAGUGACAGGCAGCCUGAAGCUUCUGCGGGCCUCAUUGUGUGUUCACGCCGGAGGAGGCUACCUCGGGAGGGGCGCUCUGGCCUGACCACCGGCCAGCCAGCAGCAGCAUCACGAGGGACCCACGGAGCCUCCUCCGCCCUCCUCCUCUCCAGCUCCAGCCUCCUCAGCUCCUCUGCCGUCCCUGCGGCGGCUCCAUUUCGAUGCAGUGACCUGGGCCCUAGGAUCCCAUGUAGACCCUUCGGAGAGCCCAGCAUGCCAUUUCCUCCGGCCGGACCCACCUCACCUCCGCUGGGCUCCACGCACCGUGUGCCAGGGCUGCACCGUCCCCAGCUCCCUGCCUGCCCAGCGCCUCUUGAUGCGUCCCUCUGCAUGGCUCGAUCCACUCGUUCCUCCUACAGGCCCUGGUCGGGCACAAAGCAUGGCUGCCUUUGCCCCCACCUCUCCCCCCAGCAACCUGGCCUGACCGCCGAGGCCAGGGACGGCCGGCCAGGGAGCAGCCCUCCCCCAGGACCCCCCAGCUGGUCCUGAGGGCCUGGCCACCUGCGGGAAGAGAGGUUGACACCCAGGUGGCUGUGCCAGAGAUGCCAGGGGUCCCGCCCUCCGUGCCCCCACACGCUGCGCCCACCCUGCACACCUCACUCCUCUUCCUGUGCUGGGCGCGUUGUCCCACCUACUUGGCUCCUCCCGAGCCAGGCUGCAGCGAGGCGGGGAAGGACCAGGAACCCUGUGUGGCUGCGGGCGAGUGGGCCAACCAGUCUAGAACUCAGAUUCCCCGACUGUAACGUGGGGUCAGUCCUCCUGCUCUGGGGCCUCAGGGGUGGGGGCGCAGCACGAAUCCCUCUGGAGGGAGAGGCGCUGGACAGCGGUGUCACAGCCGACCUCCCCCCGCCCCGACCCCUGCAGCCCUUCUGCCCCUCCUCUGAGCCCCACAGCCCUCUGCUCCGCUCUGGCCUUGGUUGAACACAGUCUCACUACCUGAACUCCAGGGUUCCGUGUCUGGUUUCCUUAGCCAGAGGGAUCUCCAGGGGCUCCCUCCAGCUUGCCUUCACAUGGUGUGUAGCCUCCUUUUCAUCAGUGUUCUAUCACGGGGACGCCACAGGCCGUUCAGACACAGCCUCUGACAAGCAGCCGAGAGCGAGGCUGAGCUCAGUGUGCAGGCUCCCUCUGCAAACCGAACUGAGUAUUCUUUUUGUGGUGAGUAAGUCCAGGGGCUUCUCCAUGGCGGCCACAAGAGCCCCAACCCGGCCUUCCCCAGGGCCUGGCCCUCCCCGAGAUCCAGCCCAGGGACGGCACUUGCUGCGUAAUCACGGUUUCUCCAUCAUGGGUGUGUGUGUGUGUGUGUGCGUGCGUGCGUGUGCAAAAUAAUCAGUUUCUUUGAAUUUCAUAAUUUCUUCCUAACUUUCCUGCUAAAUUAAAAGGCAUGUGUGAUUGUUAUCUUUAUUUUUUUAUUAUUGUCUGACAUUAGGUGUUACUAAAUAGAACAUGAUUUAUUUUGUGAAUAUUCUCUGUUAUUUCUUCCUGAUUAUUUAUUAUUAGUUUUUGAUGUUAAAAAUUAGCCAAAGUUUUAUGGAAUUUCAUAAUGAAUUAUCAUUUAUUUUCCUAGAAACAUUUGAAUUUUUUUUUUUUUAACUGGCCAUGUCUAUGGCAUGCAGAAGUUCCUGGGCAGGAGUCAAACCUGUGCCACAGCAGUGAUAAUGCUGGAUCCUUCACCUGCUAGGCUACCAGGGAACUCUGAAAAAUUUUUUAAAAACAAAAAAUGUUGAACAUAGUUUAAACCACUUCAUUAAAUGAUUUAUUGAAGCAGACUCUAUGCAUUUAAAGCUUCAGAAAAUCAGUUUUUCAAAAAUAAUUUGUAGGAGUUUCCGUUGUGGCUCAGUGGUUAAUGAAUCCAACUAGGAACCAUGAGAUUGCGGGUCCAAUCCCUGGUCUUGCUCAGUGGGUUAAGGAUUCGGCAUUGCCAUGAGCUGUGGUGUAGGUUGCAGAUGUGGCUCAGAUCCCAAGUUGCUGUGGCUCUGGUGUAGGCCGGUGGCUACAGCUGCGAUUAGACCCCUACCCUGGGAACCUCCAUAUGCCAUGGGAGCAGCCCUAGAAAAAGGCAAAAAGACAAAAAAAUAAUAAUUUGUAAUAGAGUAAGUCAUUUUAUUUUGUGAAUUUUUCAAUUUUAAUUAUUGAAUUAAAAUUUAUAUUUCACGAGUUCCCGUUGUGGCACAGCUGAAACAAAUCUGACCAUGAGGAUUUGGGUUCAAUCCCUGACCUUGCUCAGUGGGUCAGGGAUCUGGCGUUGCCAUGAGCUGUGGUGUAGGACACAGCUCGGAUCCCGUGUUGCUGUGGCUGUGGUGUAGGCCGGCAGCUGUAGUUCCUAUUCAACCCCUAGCCUAGGAACUUCCAUAUGCCGUGGAUGCGGCCCUAAAAAGCAAAAAACAAACAAACAAACAAAACUCAAUUUUUCCUAUUUUUACAAGUUCCAUGCUUAACUUUUUUAGUUCUUGAGGGCAGUUGGGUUUAGAAAAACCUGAAGAUUUCAGAAGGCCUUCACUUUUGUCUUAGACAUUUCCCGAAGCCACAAAUCCUUUCUCAUAGUCCCCUUUCCUAUUUCAUACUUAGGAGAUUGUUUUUGUAAGUUCAUUCCGAAGUCGUCUUAGGUUUACCCAAGAGUUUCGAGGAUGCUCAGAGCUCCUGAAUGCCCUCCCCGGCUCCCCCACUGUUUGUUAAAACUAGGAAAUUAACAUCAGUGUGAAGCUAGGAACUUAAACUACAGUCUUUAUUUGGAUUCCCUCAGUUUUUCUAUGGGUGUUUUUGUUCCCGAAAUACAUUUAAUUUUUAUAAAUACUUUUCCGUGUCUUUUUUCUUUCUCAGUGGCCCACAGCAUGUGGAGUUCUCAGGCCAAGGAUCAGAUUGCAUAUGCAGCUGCAGUUGUGACCUAUACCGCAGCUGCAGCAACGCCAGGUCCUUUACCCACUGUGCCAAGCAGGGGCUCGAACCUGCAGAGACACCACCGAUCCUGCUGUGCUGCAGCGGGAACUCCACUUUCCCCCAUUUUAAUUAAAUCCUGAUGUCAUCAAAUUCACCAGACUAACACUGGUCAAAAAACCCUGCCACUAAUUAGGCAGCACAGCCGUUGUCUCAAACGUGUAUCCAUAUAUGCUGAUCCCCUCUGUCCCGUUUGCAGAGAGAAGUCAGCAAGUGAGGUGAGCGUGCCAAGCACAGCUGGCUGGUGCUUCCCUUAGGCAGAAAGAAAAGCAUGCGGAUUUUUAAAAUAACCUGUUGUAAAAAAAGAAAAAUGUAUGAUCUGUGUUGUGUUUGUGUCAGGUCGUGCACUAAAUUAGGUACAUUGUGAUUUGCUGCUCAAGUCAAAACACCCCAUGCACUUGCCGAUGUGCUCAUCUCACCCGACUGUUUGGAAUUUGUCACCACUGUGCUUGGGACCAAGGAAGCACAAUCAGUGGACAUUGUUGGCCGGACACUCUGGCCCGUAACGUGACAUAGGACACAGACUAAAGCCUCCUGCUUUAGAUGGCUGAAGCCACGGGGUGGCUGCUCGGUUAGGGCCCCCGUUGGACACACCCUGGUCGGAGGGGGCCUGCCGACUGAUCUCGUCCAGGGUGCCAAGCGUCCCAGCCCCUGGUUUUACCUUCACACGAAGUACCUGGGGGCAGAGCUCUGUUCCCCUCCAUCCUGAAGCGCGCUCACUCGCAAAGGACACGCCUUGUCAAAAGCCCCCAAGCUAGAGGCUGAAGAGAGAGAAGAGAGUUAGGUGAAUAACUGCACCUUCUCAUUCUUGUGUAGGGUGGUUAUUGGCUGAAAACUGGGUUCGUGGACACACACUUUGGAGCAUUUCAAGGAAUGUAAUCAGAACCUUCAAGGUCCUUGUGAAAACACGUGUAGUGAGAAGAUGCAUGGCUUUGAAGCAAAAUCUGACUCUGGGAAAGUGAAGGCAAGUGACUCAGUAACAUGUUGGCUCAGGGUUGGUUCAUUUGAGUCCUGAGUAAAAUGAACAGGAACAAA